AUGUACUUGGCCCAUGCCGCGGUGCCGCGUUCAAGGCGUCGUACCCCCGGUGGAGCCAAGGUUGAGAUUUCACGGCGCAAGAGUUUUGGCCAUGAACUUCCAAGCCCCCUCAUCCUCAAACCCAAUCCCCGAGAGUUGUGAUCCUGACAGCGGACAUCGCGGGGAACCAUUGUGGAGAACCAAGAACCCAGCCGACCAGGUACUCUGGACGCAGCGUCAUAUAGGUGGCUGUAUGUACUCUAUACGAGUACCUAGUAUCCAGCAUCUGACGACGCACGAGUAUCCACAUAUGGGGCGCGAGACUGGGCGACGCCUCCGAUUCACGCACACGUAAUGCACGAGACUUUUUCUCCAGGAGUUUCGCCUCCUUUUCUUUACGCCUCCUCCCCUUUUCUUUGCGCCCCCUCCCCUUGCCUCUUCAGCUAUCCCAGACUUCCGUCUUCAAUCAUCAUUCCGUUUCUAUCGUGUCCUGGAAUAGCUUCCCAAAGUUCACGAUAUUCUAUCAACAACAACACGUCAGCUUAUGCAAAUCCGGGUGAGACUCGGGAGUCCGACAGGCCACCUACCCCGUAUGCGACAAUCCUUGGAAGCCGCUUGCGCGUAGGAGGUGUCUAUAUACUCUACCGUACUCUACUAUACUCCACUAUGCGACUGCGACUGCGACAAGCGGUUCGGACGUCGCUAGAGCGAACUGGCGCUAGCAUAAGACAUCGGAUUCAGGCUCAGGACUACUUACUCUGCCGGAUCGAAUACGAGGAACCCACAACGGAGCAGUACGCAUCACCGUCUUGGGAACGCCGUGGCUUCCGAGGCUUGCAUACUCGCGCUCUCGCGGACGGUUGCGUUGUCGUCGCGGCGCCCGAGUCCGGAGGUCGAGGACUCCGAUUUUUCGUUCGCCGAAUCGAUCCAAUUAACAUCAAUCUUUGCCAUUAAAAGGCUAAGCGUGGACGCACCGACAGAUCACUCAAACACCUACUAUAAUUGCCG